AUGACACAAAAUCCCGUCAAAUUUGUCCAUCCCUUUCCCUUUGAAGUGCCCUUUUUUAAUAAAGGGAUGGAUAAAUUUGUUAUGAAGCACCUUAUUAGAAGAUUCGUAAAUCAAUUUGGAAUGACAUAUACAUCACAUAUAUUAGAUCAACUGAAGAUUUUAGGUUUCCAGCAAGCUACUGACGCAGCUAUUUCAUUAGGAAUUGAUGAUCUUUUAACAACACCAUCUAAAGCAUGGCUUAUCCAAGAUGCGCAGCAACGAGGGUUUGCUUCAGAAAGACAUCAUGAUUAUGGGAAUGUACAUGCAGUAGAAAAAUUACGUCAAUUGAUUGAGGUAUGGCAUGCUACCAGUGAAUAUUUGAGACGAGAAAUGAAUCUGAAUUUUAGGAUGACUGAUCCUCUUAAUCCAGUACAUAUGAUGUCCUUUUCAGGAGCUAGAGGAAGUACAUCCCAGGUUCACCAAUUAGUAGGUAUGAGAGGAUUAAUGUCAGAUCCUCAAGGAAAAAUUGUUGAUCUACCCAUUCAAGGGAAUUUACGUGAAGGACUUUCUUUAACGGAAUAUAUUAUUUCAUGUUACGGUGCUCGUAAAGGAGUUGUGGAUACUUCUAUACGAACAGCAGAUGCUGGAUACCUCACACGUAGACUUGUUGAAGUAGUACAACACCUCGUUGUACGUAAAGUAGAUUGUGGUACUAUCCAAGGUCUUUUUGUAAAUCUCAUUCAAGAUCGAGAAACAAUCAAAAAUAAAUUUGUUCUACAAACACUAAUUGGUCGUGUAUUAGCAGAUGAUGUAUAUAUACACGGGAGAUGUAUUGCCACGCGCAAUGAAGAUAUUGGAAUUAAACUUGCCAAUCAAUUAUAUUAUUUCCAAGUACAACCAAUAUAUAUACGAACCCCUUUUACUUGCAAAAGUAUAUAUUGGAUUUGUCAAUUAUGUUAUGGUCGGAAUACUACUCAUAGCAACUUAAUCGAAUUAGGAGAAGCAGUCGGCAUUAUUGCAAGCCAAUCAAUUGGAGAACCGGGAACUCAACUAACACUAAGGACUUUUCAUACUGGUGGAGUAUUCACGGGUGAUAUUGCAGAACAUGUACGAGCCCCGUUCACCGGAAAAAUUGAAUUCAAUGAAAAUUUGGUUUAUCCUACCCGUACCCGUCAUGGACAUCCUGCUUAUAUAUGUCAUAAUAGUUUAGACGUGACUAUCAAUAAUAAAUAUGAAGUACAAAACUUAACGAUUCCGCCAGAAAGUUUGCUAUUCAUUCGGAAUAAUCAACUCGUCGAAUCGGAACAAGUAAUUGCCGAGGUUCGUGCUAAAAGAUCCCCCUUUAAAGAAAAAGUAAAGAAACAUAUAUAUUCUGACUUGACAGGAGAAAUGCACCGGAGUAUCCCUAUGUCUAAUUUUAUAUUAGAGACAACUCAUUUAUGGGUAUUAUCGGGAAGUAUAUAUGAAUUCGUUGUAGUACCUUUUUCUUCAGAUCAAGAUCAAGUGGAUAUUCCAGAACUUCUUCUUGACAAACAUAAAUCACUUUCAAAUUAUUCGGUGGAUCAAGUGAAACACGAAUCAGUUGACUCAAACUGUUUUGAAAAAGGAAAAAAAAUCUUGAAUUAUUUCGAAACUGAUCGAACCAUACCUAACGAACAUAAAGACUCUAUCUAUUCCGCCAUUCUUUUUGAAAAUACCCAUAUGAGUGUAAAAAAGGAAAAAAAUAAACUCAUCGUACCAUUAUGGUGUUAUAAACAAUGGGGAAAGCGAAGAAUUCCUUGUCCUGAUUUCAUUUUUAGAAUACCCAGAGGACAAGGUAUUUUACUAAAUAAAAAGCACAUUUUUGCUUUUUUGAAUGACCCCCGUUCAAAAAUGAUAAAAUAUGGGAAUAUUCUUGGAGGUUAUUCAAUUGAAAAAAAAAGGAAUUCUCUUGAAAAUCAAUUAGACGGAGGGCCCAGAUUAAAAAUAAAAAAGACUUAUGCUUCUCUUAUUUCAGUAGGAACAAAUGAGAUCAUUAUCAAUAUGAUUCAAAUUAGCAUCUAA